AUGCACGUCUCCUCCUCUACUUUUCUCUUAACAAUAUUCUCGUACCCGCGUAAACCUCUUGUCACUAACUCUAGCAGAGCGAAAUUGGUCGCAAUAUCGUAUAUCAUGGUAGACUUCCCCAGAGACCAACACGAAUGGCUAGACGUCGAGGUCGUCCUCGGCGUCACGUCGGAGAAGCGCGGACCGUUGCCGGCGUUGAGGGUGUCGAUCGAGGCAAUGCCGAGGGUGGCGGUGACCCAGGAAGAGGCGGUGGCGAAGGAGUGCGCGAUUUGCUUGGACGGCUACGAGGUCGGCGGCGAGGCGAGGGAGAUGCCGUGCAAGCACAGGUUCCACUCCGGUUGCAUCGAGAGGUGGCUGGGGCUCCACGGGUCCUGCCCGGUUUGCCGGUUUGCGAUGCCGGUGGAGGAAGGCAACGUGAAUAAUGGCGGUGGAGAAGAGGAGGAGUACUGGAUGGAUCUUCUGGAGUUUAUGAAUCAGUGA